AAAAAAACGGUUUAAAAGAAAAAUGAUGAGAGUAUUGUGUGCUGGCAUUGUCAAAGUUUUCACUUACCGUCACCGCUUCGUUAGGGAUCAGAAAGAGAGAGAGAGCGAAAAAUCCAACAAACUCUGUGACCGUUUCUUCUAUCACUCUUUCUUCUUCAAUUCAUUUCAUUUCAAUGUUGUUAUAUUUCUAGAUUGGCGCGUGCGUGGAUCUCUCUCUCUUUUGAAUUUCUCUAUUUUUGAACCCUAAAUUUACUCUCUGAUCUGCUGCUGCUGCUGCUGCUGGUUGUUGUUAUGGCGACGGUUAAGUCAUCGUCACGGUCAAGAGUGACGGCGGCGACUGUGAAAGAAAACGGAGUGAAGCUUGAAGAAGGUCUUAAUCCUUUCAAGUCUGAUAGAUUUGAUGCUGAGUUCUAUGUUCAGUCCACCUCUUCUCUCAACGAUAAGGAAAUUAAGCAAUUAUGCACAUAUUUAGUAGACUUGAAGAAAGCUUCUGCCGAGGAGAUGCGCAGAAGUGUCUAUGCUAACUAUGCAGCCUUCAUACGAACUUCCAAGGAGAUAUCAGAUUUGGAAGGUGAGCUUUCGUCUAUCAGAAACCUACUAUCCACUCAAGCUACUUUGAUACGUGGUUUGGCUGAUGGAGUUCAUAUUGAUUCAUUAUCAAUUUCCAAUUCUGAUGGUUUUUCUGCAAACGGUACACUGGAUUCUGAAGAUAAAGAAAUAUCAGAUCUGGAUGAAUGGUUAGUUGAGUUUCCUGAUAACUUGGAUGUUCUUUUGGCUGAAAGGCGAGUGGAAGAAGCGUUGGAUGCUCUUGAUAAAGGAGAACGUAAAGUCUCUAAAGCAAAGGAGAUGAAAUCUCUCAACCCAACUUUACUUCUGGCACUGCAGAACUCUAUUACUGAACGUAGGCAAAAACUAGCUGAUCAGCUUGCUGAAGCUGCUUGUCAGCCCUCUACUCGUGGUGCUGAACUUCGAGCAUCAGUUUCAGCCCUUAAAAAACUUGGAGAUGGUCCGCAUGCUCACAGCUUACUACUCAAUGCUCAUCUGCAACGAUAUCAGUAUAACAUGCAAAGUCUCCGGCCGUCAAACACCUCAUAUGGAGGAGCAUAUACUGCAGCUCUUGCACAGCUGGUAUUUUCUGCAGUUGCACAAGCUGCAAGUGACUCGCUGUCUAUUUUUGGUGAGGAGCCUGCUUAUUCUUCCGAACUUGUAAUGUGGGCUACGAAGCAAACAGAGGCAUUUGCUCUUCUGGUGAAAAGGCAUGCCUUAGCUUCUUCAGCAGCUGCAGGAGGUUUAAGAGCUGCUGCAGAGUGUGUUCAAAUAGCAUUGGGUCAUUGCUCAUUGUUGGAAGCUCGUGGUCUGGCUCUCUGUCCUGUACUUUUGAAACUUUUUAGACCUAGUGUUGAACAGGCAUUAGAUGCUAAUUUGAAACGAAUACAAGAGAGUACUGCUGCUAUGGCUGCUGCUGAUGAUUGGGUACUCACGUAUCCUCCUAAUACUAAUCGGCAGACUGGUAGUACUACAGCAUUUCAACAUAAACUAACAAGUAGUGCCCAUCGCUUCAAUUUGAUGGUCCAGGACUUCUUUGAGGAUGUAGGACCACUGCUUAGUAUGCAGUUGGGAGGACAAGCUCUGGAAGGGUUGUUUCAAGUAUUUAACUCUUAUGUGAACAUGCUUAUAAAAGCACUACCAGAAUCAAUGGAGGAAGAAGAAAGCUUUGAGGAUUCUGGGAACAAAAUUGUACGAAUGGCCGAGACUGAAGCCCAGCAGAUUGCACUGCUAGCUAAUGCCUCAUUACUAGCUGAUGAACUACUUCCACGUGCAGCCAUGAAGCUCUCCUCCCUAAACCAAGAUCUCUACAAGGAUGAUAACCGUAGAAGAACCUCAGAAAGGCAAAAUCGUCAUCCGGAACAACGGGAAUGGAGGAGACGACUCGUGGGUUCAGUUGACAGGCUGAAAGAUACAUUCUGUCGUCAACAUGCUUUGAGCCUGAUUUUUACAGAGGAGGGUGAUAGUCAUCUUACAGCUGACAUGUAUAUAAACAUGGAUGGAAAUGCGGAUGAAGUUGAAUGGAUUCCAUCUUCGAUUUUUCAGGAGCUUUUCAUAAAACUGAACAGAAUGGCAAAUAUAGCAGCAGAGAUGUUUGUAGGGAGGGAAAGAUUUGCUACGCUGCUUUUGAUGAGACUUACAGAAACUGUUAUUUUGUGGAUUUCAGAAGAUCAGAGCUUUUGGGAUGAUAUUGAGGAAGGACCAAGGCCUUUAGGUCCUCUUGGUCUACAACAGUUCUAUUUGGAUAUGAAGUUUGUUGUGUGUUUUGCCUCCAACGGUCGGUAUUUGUCAAGGAAUUUGCAACGAAUUGUGAAUGAAAUUAUAACAAAGGCAAUGUCGGCAUUUUCUGCAACAGGGAUGGAUCCAUAUAGGGAUCUGCCUGAAGAUGAAUGGUUCAAUGAAAUAUGUCAAGAUGCUAUGGAAAGAUUAAGUGGAAAACCAAAGGAAAUAAACGGAGAGAGGGAACUUAGCAGCCCUACCGCGUCUGUCUCUGCACAAUCAAUUUCAUCUGUCAGAUCUCAUAAUAGUUCAUAAUGCAUAGUUUAAUCCCUGUAAAUUAGUACAGUCCAAUCUAUCAUGAAAUUAUUACUGGCAGAUUAUUGCGCUCAUUAACGCUGAUCUCUUCAUUGCUUCUCCUGUUGGUAUCCCCUUCAUUUUUGUCUUCAGUCAUUUUUAAUGGGGCAUAGAUAACCUUGUAUUUGUGUAGAUUUAAGUUUUCCUUGGUCAGGUGUUUGACAAUAAUAUUUCUUCCCAUCAAAUUUGGCCUUGUUGCGAUUGUAAAUGCUCGCUGACUCGAUUAUUUGGUUCGUAUUCUGAAAUAAUAUUUUUUGAAAGUUUACUCUA